UGGGUCCUGGAAAGCCUUGAGCUGCGGUUCACUCUCCUUUUCCCCUCUCUAUCUUUUCCCGAUAGGCGGUGGUGCGUGCCGCCGGCCACCAACUCCUCCUCCUUCUGACCAGCCCGAAGUCGGAAGGCCACCACGAUACAGCAUUAUCGCCCACAACUGACUGCCGCAUCCCCGCCACCUAGCACCGCACGCGACAUCGUGCCCCCGUUUUCUCUCCAGCACCUGCCUCCGCCAUAUUCCACUUGCAAACCACCACAGACCACCAUCCUUGCCAGCAAGAAAUAAUAUCGCGGGGAGGCAGUUUUCUUUAUUCGGAAGGAAAAAUAAAAUUGUGAACCUUGCGCAUGCUCAGAAGAAACCCUAACCCAAAAUUGAUUAAGUGAUAUUGGGCUAAAUUCGACUCAGAUUUCACUACGCUCAGCGGCCCUGUAAUCUAUUUGGAGCAUUGACUUCCGUUGCACGCUCCACCCUCUUCAAGCUGGUAUUUGCAUAGGCAUUGGGUUGUGGAGGCGGUGAUCAUCUGAGUCAUUGCGACAUGGAUUUGUUCCGGCGGGCCAUACUGGAACCAGGGCCACCUGAAACUUUUGCCCUUCUAACAGUGCAAGAAGCAAUUAAACCUCAGAAGCAAACAAAAUUAGUCCAAGAUGAGAAUCAAUUGUUAGAAAAUAUUCUUCGAACAUUGCUUCAGGAAUUGGUGUCACUUGCAGUUCAAUCAGGGGAGAAAAUUAUGGAAUAUGGGCAAUCAAUUGCUGAUGGGGAAGCUAAUAGGGGCCAGAUACCCCGCCUUCUUGACAUUGUGCUGUAUCUUUGUGAGAAUGAGCAUGUUGAAGCUGGUAUGAUCUUCCAGCUGCUGGAAGAUUUGACAGAGAUGUCUACAAUGAGAAAUUGCAAAGAUAUUUUUGGAUAUAUAGAAAGCAAACAAGACAUAUUGGGGAAGCCAGAAUUGUUUGCAAGAGGAAAACUUGUGAUGUUGAGGACAUGUAACCAACUUCUUCGUCGUCUGUCAAAGGCAAAUGAUGUUGUGUUUUGUGGGCGAAUUAUAAUGUUUCUUGCACAUUUUUUCCCAUUGUCAGAACGUUCAGCUGUUAACAUCAAGGGAGUUUUCAAUACAUCAAAUGAGACAAAAUAUGAGAAAGAGGCCCCUGAUGGCAUUUCGAUUGAUUUCAACUUCUACAAAACGUUUUGGAGUUUACAGGAAUACUUCUGUAACCCUGUAUCAUUAAAUCUCGCUCCGAUCAAGUGGCAGAAGUUUACUUCCAGUUUAAUGGUUGUAUUGAAUACCUUUGAAGCCCAGCCUUUAAGUGAUGAAGAGGGUAAUGCUAAUAAUCUUGAGGAUGAGGCAGCCACCUUCAGUAUAAAAUAUCUUACCAGCAGUAAACUAAUGGGUUUAGAGUUAAAAGAUCCAAGUUUCCGACGCCAUAUUCUUGUUCAAUGCCUUAUCUUAUUUGAUUAUCUGAAGGCACCAGGGAAGACUGAUAAAGAUUUGCCAUCUGAAACAAUGAAGGAAGAAAUAAAAUCUUGUGAGGAGCGGGUAAAGAAGCUUCUUGAAAUGACUCCACCUAAAGGAAGCGAAUUUCUUCAUAGCAUUGAGCACAUACUAGAACGGGAAAGGAAUUGGGUUUGGUGGAAACGUGAUGGUUGCCCACCAUUUGAAAAGCCAUCAAUUGAGAAUAAAUCAUUUCUUGUUGGAACAAAAAAACGUAGGCCACGGUGGAGAUUAGGAAACAAAGAACUCUCUCAGUUGUGGAAAUGGGCAGAUCAGAAUCCUAAUGCUUUAACUGAUGCUCAACGAGUUCGCACUCCUGCUGUCACAGAAUAUUGGAAACCCUUGGCAGAAGAUAUGGAUGAAUCAGCUGGGAUAGAAGCAGAAUAUCACCACAAAAACAAUCGGGUUUAUUGCUGGAAAGGUCUCCGAUUUUCAGCUCGCCAGGACUUGGAAGGAUUUUCCAGAUUCACUGAAUAUGGUAUUGAAGGGGUUGUGCCCCUUGAACUUUUGCCACCUGAUGCGCGCUCCAAAUACCAAACUAAACCUAGUGAGAGGUCUAAACGUGCUAAAAGGGAAGAAACAAAAGGUGCUGCAAACCAAGCAGAAGAAUCUCAGAUUGCGACGCCUGCAAGUGAGACUGACGGUGACGCAAGCAAAGCUGAUCUCGAAGCCUCAGCAGCACCAAUGGAUACCGAUGCAGCAAUAACAACUGGCAGCGCAUCUCAGGCUGGAACUCCGACCCCUGACGAACAGCAUAAGCAAAGCUCUGAUACAGAUGGCCAAGAACCAGGCCAGAUAGAAGCAGAAGCAGAGACAGGGGUGAUAGAUGGGGAAACAGAUGCAGAGGUUGAUUUGAUACAGUAGGUUGAGAAACCCCGUUUAGUUCACUAAUUACCUUGAGUUCAAACAGCUAUGAAUGAUUAGAACCGAUCACUGCUUAUUAGAGCUGAAUUGGUACUAUUAAGCGACUGCUUUCAACAGAUCUGUUGGUGUAUCUAGGAUUUAAGGUUGGGCAUUACAAAUUAUCUGUGUUAAUGUUUCCUUAACUAAUUAAUACUGUGUGUCUCGUGAUUUUGGCGCUGUUAUUGAUUUUUGGCUAAUGAUGAGAACCUGUUAUUAUCA